GGGCCCCGCAACAAGGGACGCUCUCCCAGCUCUCGGGUUUGCUCCUUGUUUUGUUCUCCUGUCGAGUCUCUGGUCGGUUGGGCAGUGUAAGUGUGGCUGGGGGUGAUUGUUGAGGCCUUGUGUCCCGCCGGCCCAUGGAACCUAGGAGGCUAAUCAGUAUGGCUGCUCUCUGCCAGUGGCCGAGCUAAUUGAUUUGAAUCCUGGCCCAAUACUUUCUGCUGCCCUUUGAUGUAAAAGCUUAUGGAGUCUAAAACGACCUACCUGGAAGACCUUCCACCUCUCCCUGAGUAUGAAGUGGCUCCGUCCAAGUUAGGGCAGGAAGUGGAUGAUGUUUAUCUCAUUCGAGCUCAAGGUUUACCGUGGUCGUGCACUGUAGAAGAUGUGCUUCACUUUUUCUCAGACUGCAGAAUCCGCAAUGGUGAGAAUGGAAUACACUUCCUCUUAAAUAGAGAUGGGAAGCGAAGAGGUGAUGCCUUAAUUGAAAUGGAGUCAGAGCAGGAUGUGCAAAAAGCCUUAGAAAAGCACCGCAUGUACAUGGGGCAGCGGUACGUGGAAGUAUAUGAGAUAAAUAAUGAAGAUGUGGAUGCCUUAAUGAAGAGCCUGCAGGUCAAAUCUUCACCUGUGGUAAAUGAUGGCGUGGUCCGUUUGAGAGGCCUUCCUUAUAGUUGCAAUGAGAAAGACAUUGUAGACUUCUUUGAAGGACUGAAUAUAGUAGACAUUACUUUUGUCAUGGACUACAGAGGGAGAAGAAAAACAGGAGAAGCCUAUGUGCAGUUUGAAGAACCAGAAAUGGCCAACCAAGCCCUGUUGAAACACAGGGAAGAGAUCGGUAACCGAUAUAUAGAGAUAUUUCCAAGCAGAAGGAAUGAAGUGCGAACACAUGUUGGUUCUCACAAGGGGAAAAAAAUUGCAUCUUCUCCUACUGCUAAGUAUAUAACUGAGCCAGAAGUGGUCUUUGAAGAACAGGAAGUAAAUGAGGAUAUUCAGCCCAUGACAGCUUUUGAAAGUGAGAAGGAACUAGAAUUGCCUAAGGAGAUGUCAGAAAAGCUUCCAGAGACUGUUGAUUUUGGAACUACGUCUUCACUACAUUUUGUCCACAUGAGAGGAUUGCCUUUCCAAGCCAAUGCCCAAGAUAUUAUAAACUUUUUUGCUCCACUGAAGCCUGUUAGAAUCACCAUGGAAUACAGUUCCAGUGGGAAGGCCACUGGAGAAGCUGAUGUGCACUUCGAUACCCAUGAGGAUGCUGUUGCAGCCAUGCUCAAGGAUCGGUCCCAUGUUCACCAUAGGUAUAUUGAAUUGUUCCUGAAUUCGUGUCCAAAAGGAAAAUAAGACUUCCAGGGACUCCAGAUAAUAAGGACGAAGCAAGAAGCAUUUCAUUUGCACACCUUUCUUGGACAUGGGAUAUAAAGUUCCAGUUUUUUAGCAGCAACUGCUAGAAAAAGGAUUUUGGAGUUUGGGCUUAAUCGGUUAUAAGAGAAAUUCCACAGUGGACUGUUUAGAAAGAAAAAGGAAAGAUUCAGUUUGGGAUUAUGAAAUAAAACCACAAAUUUAAAUUUUUGUUUAAACUGUCUAGGAUCUGAUUUAAAAAUCUGGUCUUUAUUUUAUUUGAUUAAACAGUAUGUUUUCAUAUGGGAUAUGUUACCCAUUGUAAAGACUACGUGUUUUUAUUUAGCACUGUCCGUUAAAAUCUUUCUCCCAUUUUAAAAAUGAUCCGUUUGAGCUUUUGUCUUUUGCCUGUGAAUUGAGAGCUCUGAUGUAAAACUUCUCAUGAAAUAAAAACUGAUUUAUUUUAACCAAAUACUCACCAAAGCAAGGAAAGGUUUCAGACCUUUAAACCAUUAUGGUUUGGCAGAAUAGUUUUAAUUUUAGGUGUCUUUGAUUACUUAGAUAGGAGUAGGAAUUAAAAAAGAAUCAAAACAAAAAAUAAAUACCACAGGGUAGCGAGUGUCGAUGACAACAAUUUGGCAGUUUUAUGUCUUUAGAAAUGUUUUGCCUUUCCAAGCCUUGUGCUAAAGGCAUUAACACCUAGUUCCUGUAUACUUGAGGGAAUUUUAGUCUCAAAAGUCAUCUGGACACCCCCCCUUUUUGUGGUUUUGGGUAAACCUUAAGGGUGUUUGUUAAUCUCAAAACUGUGAAGUGACAUAUCAGAACAGUCGCGACUGGUAAGGACAUUGAUGGCUUCACUUGAAUUUAAACCAGCUCUAGAUAGGGAAAAAUUUGUCUCCUCAUUUGCUUUUUCAGUGGGGUAGCACAUCCCAUAUUUUAGAACAAGUAGGGGGUGCCUUGCUUAAAUAAAAAUAGCAUUUAAUGUAUAAUUGUGUGAAAGGUUUAUGGAUAAAGCUGUACUAAUGUCACAUUGUGGCAGUACCUUCUGCUUUAAUAUUAAACAGCUUGUUAUUUAAAUAUUGGAUCAAAAUGGCUGGCUUCAAAAUGUAGUCAUUAAUAAACUAACUUUAUGUGCAGCUAUGUAGGAGAAUCCAAAUCCUGUAUACUUUGUUUGCUUUGUUCCUGUUCUCAGGGUGACGACUGCCAUGUAGUUACCAGGAGAUGCAAUUCUAGUUCUUAAAAUUGAAUUAGCCCAGAUUUCUGAGAGGUGAUAUCUGCAAGAGAGAUUAUGUCUUCUCUCACUUAAUACAUAACCAUCUUUGAUUACCAGCUAAGAUACAGAAUCACUGUACUGUAAGUAGUCAAUAAAUGAAGGCUUGUUUCAGGCUGAAGAUUA